UGAUCCACUCCGUUGAAGAGGGAGCGUUUCAAUUGCAAGAGUUUUGUUUUAUUAUCACCAAGCAUUUAUAUUCUUUCUUAAUUCUUUUUUUAGGAGAAUUUAAAGGACUUGUUUUUGUAAUUAAGAUUAGAUAACAAACCAGAGAAAAAAAUGAUUGGCCUCAGAUAAUCUUCAUCUCUACUAUUACUAUCUGUUUGUAUUUUUUUUUUUUCUUUUUUUUGCUUUGAAGAAGACCCACUUCAACUCUCUCUCUUUUUCCACUCUCUUUGUUCUCUGCUGCUUCUGCAUGUCUUUCUUCUCAACUCACAACCAAAUUUAUGUUUUCUUUGUUUGUUAAGAACAUUAAGGUUCAGCCAUCUUUAUAAACAUCUGGAGUAAGUUACAGACUCAACCAUUUGAAGAAAGCCAUUCAAAAUGGUGGAAGGAGGUGCUGCAAAGGCAGACAAGGCAGAGUUUUCAGAAUGUUGGCAAACAACAUGGAAGACGCCUUACAUUAUGCGCCUCGCUUUGUCUGCUGGAAUCGGUGGUCUCCUCUUUGGAUACGACACUGGUGUGAUCUCUGGGGCUAUGCUCUACAUUAAAGAGGACUUUGAAGUUGUUGACAGGAAAACAUGGCUGCAGGAAACCAUUGUAAGUAUGGCUGUAGCAGGUGCAAUUGUGGGUGCUGCAAUUGGUGGUUGGAUGAACGAUAAAUUUGGUAGAAAAAAGUCGAUUCUAGUUGCUGAUGUUGUGUUCUUUCUCGGUGCAAUUGUCAUGGCUGUUGCUCCCUUUCCUGGAUUCAUUAUCGUUGGGAGACUUAUAGUCGGUUUUGGAGUUGGAAUGGCAUCCAUGACUGCUCCUCUUUACAUAUCAGAAGCUUCCCCUGCUAGAAUCAGGGGUGCUCUUGUUAGUACUAAUGGGUUGCUAAUUACCGGAGGACAAUUUAUUUCCUAUCUAAUCAACCUGGCAUUCACUAAGACAAAGUUAACAUGGCGUCUAAUGCUUGGAGUAGCAGGACUUCCUGCUGUGGUUCAAUUUGUUUUAAUGCUCUCACUGCCUGAAUCUCCUAGGUGGCUAUACAGACGGGACAAAGUAGAUGAAGCAAGAGCCAUAUUGGAAAAGAUAUAUCCUGCCAAUCAAGUUGAUGAAGAGAUGAGAUUGUUGCAUGAAUCUGUGGAAUCAGAAAAGACAGAAGAAGGUGCAAUUGGAGAUGGUAGUAUAAUAGCCAAAGUUAAAGGUGCUUUGAGUAGCCAAGUUGUUCGAAGAGGGCUCUGGGCCGGGAUCAUCGUCCAAGUAGCCCAGCAGUUCUGUGGUAUUAACACUGUCAUGUAUUACAGUCCAACAAUCAUGCAGUUUGCUGGAUAUGCUUCUAAUACAACAGCCAUGGCGCUAUCUCUUGUUACAUCGUUUCUCAAUGCCGCUGGCACCGUUGUCAGCAUGCUUACAGUUGACAGAUAUGGAAGAAGACGAAUUAUGAUCAUCUCGAUGAUUGGAAUUAUCGUUUGCCUUGUGGUAUUGGCUGGAGUGUUCUUCCAAUCUGCUAGCCAUGCUCCAUCCAUCGACGCCUUGGAAUCUACUCACUUUGGAAGUAACUCUACCUGUCCAGCCUAUGUCUCAGCUCCAGAUGCAUCUUCAUGGAACUGCAUGUCAUGUUUGAAACAAAAAUGUGGUUUCUGUGCCAAUGGAGAUAAUGAGUAUCUCCCUGGAGCCUGCUUAGAUUUAACAAAGAAUGUGAGGGGCGAAUGUCGGUCAAACCGACGAGUAUGGUUCACAGAAGGCUGCCCAAGCAAGAUUGGCUUCUUAGCCGUGGUGGUGAUGGGGCUUUACAUAAUUUCAUAUGCACCAGGAAUGGGAACAGUACCAUGGGUGUUGAACUCAGAGAUUUACCCACUGAGAUACAGAGGAACUGGAGGAGGAAUUGCUGCAGUUUCAAAUUGGGUAUCAAAUCUGAUAGUAAGUCAAACAUUUUUAACAUUAGUGGAGACUCUUGGGGCAGCUGGUACGUUCCUGCUGUUUGCAGGAUUCUCACUCCUUGGAUUAGUUGGUAUAUAUUUCUUGGUACCUGAAACUAAAGGAUUGCAAUUCGAAGAGGUUGAAGAACUGCUCAAGCAAGGGAAGAAGUAUAAGAGUAGUAAAGGGCAGAAGGAAGUUUCGGCACAAUGAUUCUCUAGUUUUUAAUCAUCUAAUAUAACUUUACCAUCUUCAGCAGACUUGACGUAAAACUUUUAUUUAAAUACACUUAAAUGUUUCUGUUGGUACUAAUCAUGAGAAACUUUUGGUAAGUUGAAAUAAAUUGUGGACGACAGCGAUGCAUGAUUGGUUAUAAUUUAUUAUUAACUUUAUCCCA